GUAUUCUUGAGCUGGGGUUUUGAUUUUCUCUGCAGAUAGCCUUGGUGGUUUCGCGAAUCUAGUAGUGUUGUUCUAGCCAUCAUGGAUGUCGAGCUGUACGUCUAUGACCUGUCCAAGGGUCUUGCGCGGAUGUACUCGCUGGCCCUCACGGGAACCCAAAUCGAUGCGAUCUAUCACACGUCGCUGGUGCUGAACGGCGUGGAGUAUUACUUUGGCCAAGGCAUCCAGACAGCCAUCCCCGGCAGUACGCAUCAUGGGGAACCCAUGGAGAAGCUGCAUCUGGGCAAGACGGAGCUGCCCAUGGAUGUGGUGGAAGAGUACAUCCAGUCCCUCGCCGAGAUCUACACCCCCGAGUCCUACGACCUCUUUCUGCACAACUGCAACAACUUCACGCAGGACUUGGCCAUGUUUGCGCUUGGCAAAGGCAUCCCCGAGCACAUCCAGAACCUGCCGCAGACCUUCUUGAGCACCCCCUUCGGUCAAAUGAUGAAGCCCCAGAUCGAAAUGGCCCUGCGCGGUGUAACCCAAGGCACUGGCACUGUCGGUGCUCAAACGCCCGCCACCAGCGCACCAACCGCCCCUGCACCACCUGCCCCGGUUACUCCAGGCACCGUGCGAAUGGCACGUAACCUGGCCCAGCUCGAGCAAUACCUCGCCGCCGCGGCCGACUCCUGCGCCGUCGUCUUCUUCACCUCGGCCACUUGCCCGCCCUGCAAGAUGGUCUACCCGGUGUACGACGAGCUCGCGGAAGAGGCCAGUGCCAAAGCUACUCUCAUCAAAGUGGACAUUAGCACGGCCAUGGACGUGAGCAUGAAAUACGGUAUCCGUUCUACCCCCACCUUCUACAGCUUCCUCAAAGGCCAGAAGCUGGACGAAUGGGUUGGCGCCAAUCCAUCCCAACUGCGUGGCAACGUCCGUCUGCUCCUCGAGAUGGCACAUCCUCCCCAUCGGCACCAACAACUCCGUCUUCCUAGUCUCCAACGUGCGAUUACCAACUAUGUCACCUACAAAAAGGUCCCGCCUCUCGACAAGCUCAUCCAGAAAUUACACCCUCACCACGAAGACCAGCGCCUGGUCGCCAUCAUUGCAUUCCUCAAACAGCGUGCCUCUGCGCCAGCAGCAGACAUUCCCUUGCCCGAAAGCCUCCCUUCUUUUGCCAACUACCUCCAAACUACCUCCCGUUCCCUUCCUUUGGAGAACCAAUUCGCCCUCAUCGACCUGACUCGACUGCUUUUCCUCGACCCCCGGGUAUCCGGCUACUUUGCCGAAGAACCCAACCACGAGACCGUCCUCACUCUGCUCGCUCCAUCCACCUCCCUCUCCACCUGCCCCUACAACCUCCGCAUUGUGAUGCUCCAGCUAUGCUGCACCCUCUUCACCACCCCCCUCUAUCGAGAUCAACUCACCUCCUCGUCUCCCCCCUCCCCGGCCGCCAAGACACUCCUCCAAACGCUCCUCCACCUCACCACCUCCUCCCUCCUCGACUCGCACACCAACCUCCGCGUCGUGGCCGCCUCUCUCGCCUACAACCUCUCCGCGCACAACCACAACGCGCGCUUUGCCGGCCACCGCGAACCCCUCACCGAAGAAGACCAAGUCGAGCUGACCGCGUCACUCGUCGAAGCCAUCACUCAGGAAGAAGAGAGCCAGGAGGCGCUGCACGGCCUGCUCUUCGCAUUAGGGCUCCUCAUCUACGAGGCCCCUGCAGACAGCGCGGUGGUCGAUCUCUGCAAGGCCAUGGGGAUCGCGGAGGCGGUUGUGGCCAAGAAGAGCGUAGAAGCAGUAUCCAAGGAGACAUUGAUUCGGGAGAUUGGCGAGGAGCUGUUAAUGAAGGGGUUAUAGAUCUGCUUUCAUUUGUAUGCACGGUUAUCUUAUAUACUUAGAUA